CUUUUUAUUCAUAUAACUAAUUAACAACUUUUACUUUACAUAAAAAUGGGUGAAAUUAAAAGUAUAGAAAAUUCGGAAAUUGGAAAUCAAAAUCAAGUUAUACUACAUAUCUAUGAUGUGCCCGAAGCUAACAAUUACAUCAAAAUGUUGACUCCAGGACUGGGUGUCUAUCAUACCGGUGUUCAAGUGAUAGACAAAGAGUACUCAUUUGGUGGACAUCAGAAAAAUUUUAGCGGCAUUUUUGUUACGCCACCUAAAGAUACCAGAUCUUUGAGUGUCAAUGAAACGUUUAAAUACAAAGAAUCAAAACUUAUUGGAUAUACAAAAUUGAGUGAAGAAGAGAUACAAGACAUUGUCAAAGAAAUGGGAACCAAACAGUUCAGAGGUAUUGACUAUAAUCUGAUCAGAAAUAAUUGUAACCACUUUUCAGAUGCCUUUUGUAAGAAACUUUGCGGCAAAAGUAUACCCCAAUGGAUCAACCAAUUGGUCAAAAUUGUGGCCCAAUAUCCAUGGCUUGAACAGAGGAUACCCAAAGAGUAUAUUACACCCAAACGUCUCGAAGAAGAUGUGAAAAACAAGUCUAACAAAACAAAAUGA